GUUUUGGAAUAACAUAACCCCUAACCAAACACACCGUGGGUUCUGAAAACCCUACUACUCUUAACCCUUCCAUAUAAAUAUUACGUAAAACCACGCGAGAAACCCUAAUAGCAGUUUGGGAAAAAAAAGGGAAAGAUGCAGAUCUUCGUGAAAACCCUAACGGGGAAGACCAUCACCCUUGAGGUGGAGUCAAGUGACACCAUUGAUAAUGUCAAAACAAAGAUUCAGGACAAAGAAGGGAUCCCCCCGGACCAGCAGAGGUUGAUCUUCGCCGGGAAACAGUUGGAGGAUGGCCGUACCCUCGCAGAUUACAACAUCCAAAAAGAGUCAACAUUGCAUCUUGUUUUAAGGCUUCGUGGUGGUAUUAUUGAGCCAUCUUUGAUGGCAUUGGCCAGGAAGUAUAACCAGGAUAAGAUGAUUUGCCGCAAGUGCUACGCACGUUUACACCCUCGUGCUGUGAACUGCAGGAAGAAGAAGUGUGGACACAGCAACCAGUUGAGGCCAAAGAAGAAGAUCAAGUAAACUGUUCUGACUGCAAGAUGCAAACAUAUGUUGUUAUGGAUUACUGGAUAUCUUGUAAACCUGACAACUCCAUUAGCUUUUUAGUAUCGUAGGAAAUCUUUUGGAAAUUUGACAGUUUCUCAUGAUUUUUGUUUUCAAUGAGACUCGUUUGAAUUAUUCUACCGUUCCUCUUGAUGGUGAUACAAUUUUGUUUGACAAUAAUGCUUUUCAAGUCAUUGUUUCCCCGACUAUUUUUUAUUA